AUGGUAGUGUGUGCCGCUCAGAGUCUAACAACACUGGAGUCCCUGCAGUGCCACUUCACCUGGGAUCUGGACCGCACAAGGUCGAUACUCUUACUUCUCCGAGACAAGAUGGAGGACAACCGCACAGAGGAGGGGAACAGAUGGUUGGGCCACAUCUACAACCUGUGGGGGUUCAUCCAGUACAAGCUGGGCGUAACUGAAGACGCUAAAAGAUUGUUCCAGAAGGCUGCAGAGGCCUUCAGCCAGAUACGGCGUGCAGACGAGGGCCCCUGGUUGGUGGUGAACUACGGGAACAUGGCCUGGCUGCACCACCACCUCGGAGAACAGGAAGAGAGUCAGAAUUACCUGUCCAAGGUGGAUGACCUGGUUCAAAGAUACCCAUCUCCAUCUAAGGACGAGCUCCACCCGGAGAUCUACGCUGAGAAAGCCUGGAGCCUGACGUAUCUCCGAGAGGACAUGGAGCUGUCUGCUGAAUACUUUGAGAAAGCUGCCAGGCUGCAGCCGGACAUGGUGGAGUGGAACACCAGCUAUGUUUUAGCGUUAGCUGACACCCAAAAGUACAGCUAUACUGGGGUAGACGCCGACCUCUUCGAGAAAAUGAGACUUGCAAAAGAGCAGGAUCCAGAGAGCUUGUACCUCGCCAUCGUCUACCUUGAGCAACGCGCUAAGAAAGGAGAAACAAUCGAAGAUGAAGUCCGUGAGCUGGCCAGAAACAACCUGAGCGCUCUGGGCAGUAGCCACAGCUGUGCGAGAGCGUUACUGAGAGUUUACAGGCACAAUCUAGGCGAUGACGAGGCCAUUGCUUUGGCAGAGGAAGCUCUUCAAAUACUCCCAGACCGGCGUUAUCUGAAAAGAUAUGCUGCGCUCUGCUAUAGGCAUAAGCUUCUCGGCAGGGGACGCCCAGGGCGAGGCGUUAUCGACAGAGCAAUCAGCCUCCACCAGGAGGUGCUGUCUCUUUACCCUUUUUCUCUACACGUGAAGAAAAUAGACCUCGCCACUAUCUAUGCUAAGGCAUCAAACAUGGCUGAAGCGGAGCAGCUGUUUCAGGAGUUGCUCCAGAGCGAUCUGAACCCCAAAGAAAAACAGACGCUCUACAACGCCUACGCCAAGUAUCGAGACAUUGACUGUAACGAUCUCUACGGGUCGAUCCAGUAUCACAUGAAAGCAGCAGCCAUACCGGAAAAAUCCUUUCACCGUGACAAUAGCAUCAAAGUUUUAGAGAAGAAGAAGAACAAAGGCAAAAUGUCCAAAGAAAUAGAGAAUUUUCUGAAAAACCUGCAGGAGCCAAAGCAGUAGAUGCUGAGGAAAAGUACGCCAGUAUAAGAUCUGGUGUGGGCCGCUGCCUGAUGGCUGCACGGUGUACAUUUUAAGAAAUCCUCAG